GCUCCUCCCUCCCAGACCCAGGAGCAGGUUAGAGUCUCAGUUUAACUCCACUUCCCUGCUGGUGGUACAGGUAUGGGGGGGCCCCUGGUAUCAUAGAGCCUGACGCCCCCAGACUUCCUGCUCACUGUCUUCCUACAGAUCCUCCCUGGACUAGCUCCAUGUCCAGCGCAGGCUGACACCGCUUCACUUUAAGGAGGAACAGAAAGUACCAACAUGAACAGACUGGGGAUGGAUGACAGCCUCCUGGAUAACAUUGACCCCUCUCUGGGGGGCAGCGAUAUCGACACUGCCCUGCUCAGUGAUAUAGAUGAUAUGCUCCAGCUGAUUCACGGACAGGAAAAUGACUUCGCUGGCCUGUUUGACUCGCCUUUUGGCACUGUUAAUGCCCCCACGCAGAAUGUCUCCCUAUCGCUCAAUACCCUGGAGGGUUUACUGGCCGCCCCUACGGAGGGUACACCUAUAAAGAUGUACCCCCUUUCUACGUCCAGCUUCCCAGGGCCUCAAACUCAGUCUCACUCUCAGGAUAACUUCGGACAGCAGCUAAAACCUGCAACGCAGAACUGUGUGAAGGAUGAGCCCAUGCAGAUCUGUACCACUCCGCAGACUAAGAUCCAGCCGAGUUCACCCCAAUUGCAGAAUGGAAUGUUUGGGAAAACGUCCGUGACACAAGCGCAGACUCCAUUCAACACCCAACCUGUCGUAAGCGGAUUCCCCGAGCAGGUGACAUACACAGCUGUGCAGAAUAUUUCUUCUCUACAAUGCGGCACCGGGCAGCCGAUGCAGACCACCAUUGGACAGACGUUUCAGAGCAUGGCAGGACAACCUCUGCAGAGCAUCCCAGGGCAGCAGCUGCAGAACGUCACAACCCAGUCACUGCAGAACAUCAACGCUCAACCAGUACAAAGUAUUGUAACACAUGCUCAAACAGCGCAGAGAGUGUCGACACCUUCAACUCCGCACAUCCAGCAGCCCCUCACCCUACAUACACAAAAUAUAUCUCCCCAGCAGUUCCUGACCACUACGAGUGCAACUGUGAGUCCACAUAUCCAACAGGUCCCCGUCCUAAUCCAACCUCACUUCAUCAAGGCGGACUCGUUGCUGCUCACGGCCGUCAAGGCCGACGGUUCAGUAAUGCCUACCAUAAAGACAUCUGGAAUGACUUCUCUUACAACAAAUACCACCAUGCAGACAGCAGCUCUAGUCAGUGGGGGCACUAUAUUGACCACCAUGCCACUGAUGAUGGAUCCCGAUAAAUUGCCCAUCAACCGUCUCACAGCCAGUGGCAAGAUGGCGAUGGUGAACGGCAAGGGGGAGAAGCGGACAGCCCACAACGCCAUAGAGAAACGCUACCGGUCAUCGAUAAAUGACAAGAUUAUAGAACUCAAGGACCUGGUGAUGGGAACUGAGGCAAAGUUGAACAAAUCUGCCAUUUUGAAGAAGGCCAUUGACUAUAUUCGAUUCUUGCAGCAGAACAACGUGAAACUAAAGCAAGAAAACCUAUUGCUCAAAAUGGCCGCCCAGAAGAAUAGUUCUUUGAAAGACCUUGUGGCUGGAAGCACCAUUGUCAUGGAUGGGGUAAAUGCAGACACAAUGGAUGUUCUCACCCCACCACCAUCUGAUGUGGGCUCCCCGUCACACAGCGGCAGUCCAAUCUCACAGUGUAACAGUGACUCGGAGCCAGACAGCCCCUUCUGUGAGGAAGCCAAGGUCCAAGUUAAGCAGGAGCUCCCGUCUCCUCAAAGUACUGGCAUGCUGGACCGCUCCCGUAUGGCUCUAUGUGCGUUUGUCUUUCUCUGUCUCUCCUUCAAUCCCCUGUCAUUCCUCAUGGGAGGCUCCAGGGGCCCCGAAAUGGCAGAAAGCUCGUCAUUCCAUGGCAGUGGCCGGAGCAUGCUGGGAACGGGAUACCCAGAGCCUUCAUUCUGGUCUAGUUGGUUGGUUCCAUCAACACUCCUCUGGCCCAUUAAUUUUGCCAUCGUUCUUGGGGUCUUCAUUCGGCUUUUUAUCUAUGGUGAGCCGGUAACACGUCUUCACUCGGAGUCCUCUGUCCUCUUCUGGCGCCAUCGGAAACAAGCAGACGUGGAUCUCUCGCGGGGGGACUUUGCCCAAGCCUCCUUGCACCUUUGGACAGCUCUGAAAGCUUUAGGGAGACCCCUUCCUACUUCCAACUUUGAUCUAAGCUGCAGCCUGAUGUGGAGCUUGAUCCGAUAUGUGCUCCAGCGCCUGUGGGUAGGACGCUGGCUGGCAGAACGCGCCGGGGGUUUCCGUAGGGACCACCAGCUGAAGGAUGAUGUUCGAAAGAGCUGCAGAGAAGCUGCUCUUGUUUACCAUCGUCUUCACCAGCUGCAUAUGACCGGGAAGCAUGCUGGAGGCCACCUGGCUGCGAUAAAUAUGGCUCUGAGUGCUGUGAAUUUGGCGGACUGCGCAGGAAAUACCAUUUCCGUGGCAACUCUUGCAGAGAUCUAUGUCGGGGCUGCUCUGAGAGUGAAGGCUAGCCUCCACCGCCGUUUCCACUUCCUAGCGCGUUUCUUCCUGUGCAGUGCCCGCCAGGUGUGCUUGGCACAAAGUGUCACUAUACCUCCUGCCAUGCAGUGGCUGUGCCACCCUCUGGGACAUCGCUUUUUUGUUGAUGGAGACUGGAGUGUGAGAAACUCACCCAGAGACACAAUUUACAGCACCGCAGGAAGCACAGUGGAUCCGUUGGCGCAGGUCACACAGGCAUUUCGUGAACACCUGUUAGAGAAAGCAUUGUACUGCGUGGCUGAGCCAGAGCAGAGCAAACCCCUGGCGGAGGGAGAACGAGAGUUCUCGGACGCCCUGGAGUAUUUGCAGUUGCUAAAUGGGUGCUCCGAUGCAGCCGGUGUUCCCAACCAUACGUUUUCCAUCAGCUCCACCAUGACUACCUUCACAGGAACUGAUCCAGUGGCAAAGUGGUGGGCGUCCGUCAUCAUCGUGGCUAUUAACUGGCUUCAAGGAGACGACGAGGGUGCACAGAGAUUGUACCCAGUAGUUGAAUACAUGCCGAAAGCCCUUCAUAUGCAAGAGAAUCCUUUGCCGAAAGCUGCACUUUAUGCCUUCAAAGCUGUACGGACGUUGUUGGGAAAGCAGGACAGCAGCCAGGUUAGCCUGGGCCAAUGUGAGAAAGCCAGUGGCUACCUCCGGGAGAGCCUAAAUUCAAGUCCUUCCAGCAGUGGCACCAUAGAUAAGGCAGUGCAGCUUCUCAUAUGUGACAUCUUGCUAGUAACCAGGACAAAUAUCUGGCAACAGCAGCAACAGCAAAGCAGCCCAGCCCAGCAGUCCAGUGGCGUACAUCCGGCAUCCCCCCACGAGCUCCGGGGAUUCCAGCUAGACCUGAGCAGUAUGCGCCGACUGGCCCAGUUAUUUCGCCCAGCCAUGCGUAGGGUAUUCCUGCACGAAGCCACAGCUCGCCUUAUGGCUGGAGCAAGCCCUACACGUACACACCAACUGCUGGAUCGAAGCCUGCGUAGGAGAGUCGCGCCAUCUAGCAAAGAAGCAGGCACCCGAGAGAUGAGCCCCACAGCCCGGGAGCAUGCAGAGGCCCUGCUUUUGGCGUGCAGGUACCUCCCUCCUUCAUUCUUAUCUGCCCCAGGGCAAAGGGUGGGCAUGUUGGCUGAAGCUGCCCGCACCUUGGAGAAGCUUGGGGAUAAACGCACCCUUCAGGACUGCCAACAAUUCAUCCUGGCUUUGGGCAGUGGGACCACUGUAACGUCCAGCUAGAGGGACCAGCUCAUAGGCCCUAAAUCAAAACUUAAAUGAAAACGGCUACAUAGCAGAGUCCAUAGCCUGCGAGAGAUGGUCACACUUUUUGGGAAUGAACAUUGGACAAAGUAAAGACUGCAAGAAGCUUGCUGUUAAUCCAAAGAGCAGACUAUAUUGGCAUAUUCCACGGUGGUUAUUAAAAGCACAUUGUAUUGCAAGGCGGGGAAGGGGUUUUGUACCAUCUUCUAAAACAUUAAUCUGGUUCCAGGGCUGCAUUGUAAUGGUUAUUCACAGGAACUGCACUAUUCUGGCAUUGGGCCGGGUAACAUUAUAUUAAUGGAUUCUACAAGUGUAGAAUACCCACACCUUGCCAUCUCCAUAAACUACACAUGGUUUUCUAAUGUGGGACAGCCGUGCUACGGAUGCAUUUGACCCUGCUUGUCUAUAUGAGGAUCGUGCUGUAAAUGCAGUCAGGGUGUUCAACCAAUGAGGGGUAAUGUCAUUUUUU